AUGGGUUCCACAGCGGCGGACGGCGCGCGCGAAGCGAAACGAACAUCCGGCGCCGGCGACGUCGACUUGAUCAGCGGCCUCGACGAGGACGUGCUGCUCCGCGUCCUCGAGCUGGUGGGCGACACGAGGGACGCGUUGCGCACGUGUGUGCUCUCGCGGCGGUGGCUCAGCCUAUCGAAGCGCAUCCCGAAGCUCCGCUUCGCCUCCUGUUGGCCGGCGGCGUCCACGGCAGCCUGCAGCGCCGCACUGAAGCGGCAGUACGUUUCCUGCGUCAACGACAUCCUCGCCGAGCGGUGCGACGCAUCGGACGAGCCGGACUACUACUACCCCGUUUCCUCCUUCCGCGACGUCCUUGACCAGCGCGACCAUUCGCCGGCGGUGUCCAUGGCAGCCGACAUCGCCACCAAGCGGUGCGCCGCACUGGAGCAGUUCGUUUCCUGCGUCAACGACAUCCUUGCCCGGCGUGCCCAAUCGGACUGCGCCAUCGAAAGCCUGGUGAUCUCUUAUACCACGGGCUCUGAUACGGCUACAAACCGCGCGAACAAGUGA